UAAGUAAAGCGUAAAUAAAAUUAAAAGAAGAAAUACGAAGAUUCAUUUAUUUACCAGCUAGUUUGAGUGCAGCUGAAAAACAAGCCCAUCUAAUUCAAGAACUUUUCCCGUGUUUUGACAUGGCUGAGCCACGCAUCCCAGUGUCCCCUUCUGUAGCCCAUAACCCGAUGGUGCCCGCCCCAGAGGGCCCAACGCUUGAGAUGGACCCGAUGGAGUUCACCCUCCGCAAGCGUCUGCCUCGCAAACUGCCCAAACGACGGAACGACGUCUACGUCAACAUGAAAACAGACUUCAAGGCCCAGCUGGCGAGGUGUCAGAAGCUUCUGGACGCUCAUAGGGAAAUCUGCAUCCACGGUCUGGGACUGGCCAUCAACCGGGCCAUAAAUAUCGCCCUGCAGCUCCAGACGUCCAGCCAGGGUGCUCUGCAGCUGGCGGCCAACACGUCCACCGUAGAGCUCAUAGAUGACCUGGAGCCCGAUGACCCGGAUGAGUCGGCGGAGCCGCUCACACGCACCCGUAAUAACUCCGCAAUACACAUCAAGGUGUUUUAUCCCAACCCAUAGAGCCAGUAUAAGUAUUAACACAACAAAUGACAACCUCAAAGACUUCAUAAACAUUCAUGCAAUGUUCGUGUUAUGUGUGAGUGGUUUAAAGGUGAUGUCUGUUUUAUUUUGCAUGACUCUGUUCUGGUUCGGCCUGAAGCUUAUUUAAUUUCUGUGGUGUUCUUGAAUGUUUCAUUUGAGCAACAAUGUAGAAAGGAAAUGUGCCGUAUCAUAUAUUUUUCCCACCUUCAGAAUUAUAUGUCAGAUUAUGUAUUUGUUUUCUCAUGUGUAGUGAAAAUGUAACCAAAAGAUCACGCAUCAGUUGUGUUUCAAAGCUCAGUUAAAUGGAAAGUAAAAAGACAUUGUUAGA